AUGGAAGAUGAAGACGGUGAAAGUAAAGUUGUGGAUACGUGGAAUGUUUUGGGAGAGCAGCAACUUAAAGAUACUUCUCUUGGAAAUUCAUUGAAGUCUUCUAUCGAUAACACAUACAGCGACGUCAUAGAAGAAGAAAAGCAAUUAUUACGAUAUAAUUCAAUUGCAUCUAAGGAUUCGUCAAGCAAGAAUAAUAGUACAGGAUCUCAAAUUGUAUUUAAAGGUUUUAAGAAGCGUAUCCUGGCACAAGCUCAAGAAAUUCAAACAAAUACAUCAAGAAGCAUAGGACAAGAACCACAAUUGUCACAUUCUAAUACAUUGUUGAAGAAUAGUAAAGAAAAAAAGGUGGAAAUUAAGCGAGGCAAAAUAACAGAAUAUGCACAAUAUUUGGGUCUUCAACCUUCGUCAAAGAAUAAGUGUUUAAAGUGUUACUCAUCAUCAAAUUUGUGUUCUGUAUUAAAACAAAAUUUGUGUACUUGUAAUACCACAAUGACACCAAUGCCCAGCACAUCGGAAUCAUCCACAGUGUCGCAUUCUUCUAACUUUAAGAUUACAAGGAAAGUUUAUUUAUGUGCAGCAUGUGGCACUUACUUUGAAAAUUGGAAUUUAUUUUUACACAUGAGAGACAUACACAAGCGCCAUAUAUGUCUAUUUUGUCUUGGGAUGUUUGGUCAGGCAGAAAGGCUGUCGUAUCACUUAACUAAAAAUCACAGUGUUCCUGAAAUGGCGUUUACAUCUGUUGAAGAUUUUUAUGGUGCAUUCAAAGGAUCCUGUUACUUAGUUUGUUGCACUUGUGAAAAGGUUUUCUCUGAAACAGAUAACUUUUACAAUCAUUUUUGUUCACCAACAUCUAAACAAGAUGUCACUGCAUCUAUAUGCACUUUGUGUAGGCAGACAGGCUCUCAUGCAAGUACAUGCAGUUUAGCUAUUGAUACAAGUAGAGAAGCAAAUUCUGCUGUAUCCCCUCCUACACAAACAAGCAUAAUACCGACACAUAUACUUGAUAGGACUGUGAAUAUUGGAAAUAAAAGUGUUUCAAGGAAGUCAAUAAAAAAUAAUAGGUCUAAGCAUAUAGAAGAUGGUGUUUCUAAUCAACAAAAAGUGCAUACACACAUAAAAAAGGCAAACAAUAAAACUGUGUCUCAAUUAAAUGAAAGUCCAACUUUUAGUGAUAUUUUAAGCAGUGGUGAAAAUUCUCAAAAUGAGGUUCAGAAUGUGGUUAAAGAUACAGUCUCGGAGACAAUAAUGGAAGUCUCAAAGUGUGUUGAAGACUCUUGCGAGGAGAAAGAAGAGACGAGUGAAAGAGAGUUUUGUCAAAAUGUUUCUGAAAUAAAGUCAUCAAUUGAUGUAGCCAACCAUAAUAAGCCAUAUGAUAGUGUAAUAGAAACUAUUAUGGAAGUAUCACGUUGUACAGAUAGUGCACAAGAGUCGAGCGAUAUAAACAAGAAGGAAGACACAGGUUUAAAUGAUACAUUAGACACAUUUGAGAAGCUAGAAUCAGAUUCUGAUGAAGCAGAAAAACCUGAUAUUGAAAUUGUGAACUCAACAGAGGACAUUAAUAUUAGAACGCGUGAACUUGAUACAGAGCAUAAAGAAGCGGAAGAAAAUACAACCGAAAAUAAUAGGAUGGAGGUUGUGUUAGAAACAAAAGAUGAUUCUAGUUCUGAGGCAUCUGAAAGUCCUGUUCACAGUCCUGUUAGUCGGUCGUUAUUUAGUCCUCAACAUGAAUCACUUGCAUCAGAUUUACAGACUAAAGAAGAGAAUUGCAAAAAUGAGACCACAGAAAACAUUAAUGUACCUAAUGAAUCUCAAUCUUCAGUGUCAUUUAAUGCCGUCGCUUCUUCCGAUAGAAGUCUAGUUAUAAAAAUAUGUACCAAUAGAAAUUCUCAGUUUUCUGUUACAUCUAAUACCGGUGGUAUAGAAAAUCACGACACCAGCAAAGAGUCUGAGGAAAAUAAUAACGCGGAGAGUCCAUUAAGGGAAAAUAAAAAGUCUAAUGCUCUCGAGAGAGACAUGGACAAUGACAAUAGCGAUCAGGCAAAUGAAGGUGACAGUGAUUCUGAUAGCUUCAAAUUAGCGGUGGUGGACAGUAAUGCUGAGGAGAUUGACGAAGUUGAAGAAACUGAUGAAUUAAAUGUGACAUCACAAACUAAAUGUAAUUCAAAUACGGAUGUUGCAGAAAAUGGAAACCAAAUUAAUGAAGCUACAGAAGAAAGUACAGCUGAAAUAGAUACAAAUGAAAGACAGGAAGUUAACGAGGAAUCUAAGGAUGUAAUGCAUAGUGAGGAAAAUGAUGGUAUACAAUCACAAAUGCAGCCAAGCGAUGGAAUCAUGCUCGCUGGAGAAGAUGUUCCAUCUAUUGAUCUUAACGUUGACGGAACGUUAGAUAGUCUGGAAAUAGAAGAUCUAUUGAAACGUUGCAUACAAGUAGCAAGUCCAAUUUGCGUAUACUGUAACCAUGCACGCCAUAUAGCAGUAAACGGUAAACAAUUGGGUUUACACAUGCUUGGAGAACAUAAGUUCCAACCUCAGCAUCCUGCCAUAAUAAUCCAAUCAGAACAAUUUAUCAUUAGAGUGAAGAAAUCCCUCGAUGAGUUGGACCUUCAGUUCUUUAAUUUAGAUUCUUAUAGUAGUAGUACUGGUACCUACAAUGUUCCAGACGUACGGACAUACGAGUGUUUUCAUUGUCGAUUUCACUCAGCAGUACACAAGGAGCUUUACUUGCAUAAUCGGAAAAUGCAUCAAAAGACAAUCUUAAUUUGUAUAAUGUGUAAAUCUACUUUCUAUAGUUAUAGCGAAUUACUUUGUCAUUUGUGUCCUGGCACAUAUUCUCCAAACAUCAACGUCAAGUACAGAUGUUGUCUUUGUCCCACGGGAAGUCUACCAUCUGCGUUCAGAUUAAUGGUGCAUUUACGAAAGCGACACCAUGCAUGCGACGUCUGUUUAGAAUCUACUGGGAAUCAACAACGGCUUUCAAAUCAUGUUUGGAAACACAAGCUUCACCAUUUAUGCUAUAGAUGUGGUAUUGCAUACAGAAAUAAACCAGAUAUUACGAAACAUUUGUUUUGGAAACAUGGGACAGAAAGUGUAUUGUGCAAGAAGUGUUUACAGAAAAAAUGGCCGCAUAUUUAUCACUUUUGUAUACCACCGACUGCUUUCGUUUGCGAGGAGUGUGGAUCCAGUUUUUCUAGAGCCGUUGCUUUAAAAGUGCACAAAAGGUUACACUCUGGAGACCAGCCAUAUGGUUGCAGCGAAUGCUCUGACCGGUUUAUUUCUCGAAAACUAUUAUCCAAGCAUGAAAAUGCUCACAAGGAACCACCACCUAUUAGCACAAAUUUGACAGAUUCAGUGAAUCAACAACAACUGGUGACCGAUGAAGAGAAAAUCGAUAAAGAGAAAUUAAUUACAACUGACAGUAUUGCCACAACAUCUGAUUCCAUAAAGGAGUCUAAGGAACCUGUGAAGAAGGUGGUCGACGUAUAUGAUCUGCCGCCUUUGAAUCUCUCAUCUGAAAGUGAUACAGACUCUGAGGAAGAAAAGGUUGAGAUAAAAGAGCCUACAGAGACCGAGAAGGCUAAGUCAAUCGAAGAAAGUGCAGCAUCGCCCAUUGCUUGUCCAAAGUCUGUUUCUCCUCUGCCAGCUACAGACAUAGUCGAGGUUGAACAGAAUGAGGAAGAAAAGGAACAAGGUGCACAAAUUAUGGAUGGUAUUUGGGAUAACUUUAAAACAUACACAGCCAGCUUGCAGAAAAAAGAGCCAGGUAAUGAUAUUUCGAUUGACGAACAGGAACCAGAGACUGACGUGGCAUUCUUGAGGAGUAUAGUAUUGGCUGACCACGAUUACUGUGUGGUAUGGUCGGAAAAAGAAAAGGAAGGGGAGUCAGGGUCCAAAGUAGAAGACAAAGAAGAAGUAAACUCGAACGGGGACCAGGAUCACACCAGUAAAGUGCAAAGGAGUCCGUCUGGUAGCAAUGGAAUACAAAGCGUUAAUGAAAGCGAUCCGAAUAGAAAGAAAGUGAAAAGUCCAAAGAAAAAGAAACAAAGCGGAAGCACUUCGUCAAGUGAUUCGUCCAGUGACAGUGAUUCGAGUAGUUGUUCCUGUGGAACGAACUGUAGCUGUAGCAGUUCUUCGUCCGGCAGUUCUUCAAGUUCUAGUAGUAGUUCCGAUUCCGACAGUUCCACAUCGGACGGUUCGCCGAAGAAACAGUCCAGUCGUAAGGAGCGAAAGAAGGAGAAAGAAACCGCGCAGGAAUCGGAAUCUGCAGCCAUAGACGUCGAGAACAAAGGAACUUCUGCGGAGACGAAGAAUGGAGACGCAACGAUUUCGGCCGAUCCUGUCUGUCCGCCACAGAUUCCGCUUAAGGAGUCCGACUUGGAAACUGACGAGACGGAGACUGACGAAGAUUUUUACGACGAACAUCCGCAGCAGCUUGCGAACAAAUUGCUUGCCGAAAAACGAAAUCAGUUGUUACUUCUAGCAGCGGUUGCUCCGGCGUCUGUGGAGACUACAGUGCCGUUGAAUAACGGCCUAACAGACACCGCCGCGAUUCCCUCUCCCGACCCAAUGCCUGGUACCACCGAAGAUCAACCAGUGCAGCAAAAGAGGAAGGUAAAAACAAAGAAACGGAAAAAAGGUGAGAGAACGAAACAGCGUAAUGCAGUGCCAGCUGUGGAGUCGAUUAAAUUAAACAUUCCUAAAGCGUUUUACCAAAAGAAUAAUCCGUGUUUCUCGGCUUCGUCGCCGGUGCUGAUGCAGCAGAGUAUAAAUUCCGCGCCGAGCAUCUCGACGAGUGAUAUACAAACUAUGAACGUGGCCGUUGAACAGCAAACGAUAGGGAUAACGAGUCAGAAUAUCAGCGGCAGUGGUUCCGAGACAGAGAAUAAACGUUCUUCGAAGCGGAAGCGAGUGCCGAAACGAUUCUACGGGGAUUCCAGUGACGAGGAGGUGGAGAAGCAGCCGACGAUGAAAUGGAGAAAAAUGGAGGCCCCUUCGUUCGCGGCUGUGCCAACUGUGAAACCGAUGCCGCCGAGAUUGUCGUUCGGUGGCAAGACAGUGGCGUAUAGAGCAAUGGAGAGCCAACAGGAGAAUCUAAGAAUCGCCACGGCCUCCGCGACCGAGUCGGAGGAACCAGCAGAAAGCAGCAGUGAUUCCAGUGACACUGAAGUGGAAGCCGCCCAGCAGCAGAUACAAGCACGUCUGCCAGAAAGCAAUCCGCCGAUACCAGAACGGCCAGUGAAUUUGUACUGUUAUUGUCAGUGCCCGUACGACGAGGUCUCGGAGAUGAUUGCUUGUGACGGCGAGGACUGCCGUAUCGAAUGGUUUCAUUUUGAGUGUGUCGGUAUCAUGGUGCCGCCGAAGGGCAAAUGGUACUGUCCGGACUGUCGAAAGAAGCACGAUAUUGUGCAGAAUAGCGAGGACUACUUUGACUGAUAGCAGCGGAUGGUAUCUGCGUAUUGAAGUUGCUUUUUAGGUAUACUUGAUGAUGAUCAUUCAAUUUUCUUUCUCCAUUUUCCAACAGUUUUGAACGAUUUGAUGAUAUAUAUAUAAGUAUGUCCGUGUGUGUGUAUACACACACACACACACACACACACACAUACA